AUGGCCUUUCGAGUGCGGAGUUCCAAGUACCGCCAUGUCUUUGGCAACCCAUCUCGGAAGGAACUUUGUUAUGAAAAUGUUCGCAUCACCAAAAAUGCCCAUGACAGCAAUUUCUGUGCAGUUAACCCUAAAUUUCUGGCAGUCGUUACCGAGGCUUCUGGUGGGGGAGCAUUCCUUGUUCUCCCCCUUGAGAAGACCGGACGAGUGGACAUAAAUGCUCCAAGGGUGACUGGUCAUGCUGGCACAGUACUUGAUAUUAAAUGGAAUCCAUUUGAUGACAAUGUGAUAGCCUCAGCUGCAGAUGACAACACAGUGAAAACCUGGCGAAUUCCUGAUCAUGGCUUACACAGCAACUUAACUGAAUGGCUUGUAGACUUACAUGGUCACCAACGCAAAGUGACCAAUAUUGAAUGGCACCCAACGGCUUCUAACAUUAUUCUUAGUGCUGGUAUGGACCAUAAGUGUUUCUUGUGGAACAUUGAACGUGCUGAACCAAUUAACAUAAUCAGUUGCCAUAAUGAUACUGUGUUCUCAAUUAGUUGGAACAGAGAAGGAAGUCUUUUUGUCACAACCAGUAAAGAUAAAAAGAUUCGAGUCGUGGACCCAAGAGGUGCUAAAAUUGCUGUGGAUGGAUCAGGUCACCAGGGUGUAAAAGCAUCCAAAUCAGUGUUUCUUGGAGAUACUAAUCGUAUCUUCACAACUGGCUUCUCAAAGCUAAGUGAACGACAGUAUGCAAUAUGGGAUGUGAGAAACAUGUCCAAAUCCUUACGUAUGGAAGUUGUAGACUUUUCUAGUGGAAUACUGUUUCCAUUUUAUGAUCACGACACCAAAGUCAUCUUCCUUGCGGGCAAGGGAGAUGGCAAUAUUCGAUACUACGAACUGGUUGGAGAAGCUCCCUACUGCCACUAUCUCAAUCAAUAUCAGUCGUCCUCUCCUCAAAGAAGCUUGGGAUUCAUGCCCAAACGAGGCUGUGAUGCUAAGCGCUGUGAAAUUGUUCGCUUCUACAAGCUCCACACUGCCAAAGAUAUCGUAGAACCAAUUUCGAUGAUAGUCCCACGAAAGUCUGAGCAAUUCCAGGGUGACAUUUUCCCAGCAACAGCAAGUUGUGUCCCAUCUUUGUCUGCCAAUGAAUGGGUUAGUGGCCAAAACAGGGAACCAAUUCUCAUCUCAUUGCAGGAUGGUCAGCUGACCAACUGCCCUCCAAUUACCUCUGCCAAAGCUGUUCAGAAACAGGAUGGCACACUGAACCAGGCACCCACUAUCACAACCUUCAAAGCGGUCAGCCGCCCACCAUUGGCCAGAGCCUGUACCCUGCCAACUGCUCAAGUUACCCCAAGUGUCAAUACAGAGAUCAUCAACAAGGAACCAGCUUCACUCAAAAAUAUCAAACGUCUCAGUUCAAACGAUGAAUUUGUUACCUUAUCCAGUGAUCCAAUGAAUAAUAUGUGUAACCCAGAUCCAUCAACAGAAGGCGAUGUCUUCACAACCAAUGAAUCUAUUAGCAAACCUACAGAGAAGACUAUACGAAAACCUUGGACCACUUCAACACACUCUACCACUUCUGAUGAGAGUCCUUCAAAUGGACAUCUCUCUUCAACUCCUGUUGAUCCCCACUUCAUUGAACCCACAGAAUCCAAAAAAACUGAAUAUUCUUCCAGCCAAAAGAAUUCUCAGAAAACUCCAACAGUUAUCCAAGAAUCAGAAUCUCACACUUCUGCUAAUGGGAAUUCUAUGGCAAUUCAUGCCGCCGACAAAUUAUUCAAGUCUCAUUCUCAGGUGAAUCUGACUUUAGAUUCACUGUGUGAGUCUUUACCCAAACACAGAAUCCAUGUGAAGAAGGUAUGGUCCCCAAAUCCUAAUUCCUCUCCAACCCUGGAGAAUGGCAUCCACCAAUCAGAUGCUGAGCUGCGUAAAGCCUAUUUCCAACAGGUGGAUGAAAUCAAGAGUCUGAAAGAGCAGGUUUCUGUAAAAGAUAAAAGAAUUCGCCAACUAGAGGAAGAAGUCACCUCAUUAAGGCAGCACCGAAUCACUGGAGAAGGUAGCACUACAGGUGAGGAAAGCAACUGCUGA